GCAGACACACACACACACACACACACACAAAGCUGGAGUAACUCCGCGGGACAGGCAGCAUCUGUGGAGAGAAGGAAUGGGCGACAUUUCAGGUCGAGACCCUUCUUCAGACGGAAUGAAGUUGUGAUUCUUGAAGCAAGGGAGGAGAGAGAGGGUGAGAACUCUAGUCAUCAUUGUGUUUGUCCUCUCUCCCUCUGCCGGCUGGCCAGUGCUUUUCGCAGCCGAUGAGCCAGUGUGCUCACUGUCAGAUGCUGCUCCUGUUAGUCUAUCAGUGACUCAUCUAAAAAACCACACACAGCGGCGAAUGGAAGCGGCCCGAGAGGCUGAUUGACGCGGUGUCCGGUCCAACCGAAUGCUUGUCUCCCCGCCCCCGGGGGAGGCUCCGUGCCGGAGCGGGGAUCCGAGCGGCGCUCGCCUCGCCUCCCUGCAUUCUGCUGCUCUCAGCCUGGGCUCCAGCCGUCUCUCCCACCCCAGCACACGUCGCUUGGAACCGGCCUGCAGAUCCACAGCAACCCCGCUACACACACACACACACACAACGGGCUCCAGCAACUUGCCACCGGCGACAAGACACGUCAAACCCGCACUCGGACAGACUCUCUCCGUGCGUAAAUAGCUGCACAAUAUCCACCGCAUCCCUGGUUACAACUUUGACAGAAAGUGAGUGGAUCUCUGUCAGCCUGUCAGCGGGACAAGCUGGAAAACAAACGUCUUUAAGGAAGUUUCACUUUGUGACUUUUGUAUGGGGGAGAAAUCGGAACCAGUUCUUUAAACCCUCUUGCCUGGAUUGUCAUCGGCAGCAUGUCUCCGCUCUGCUCCUUGCGCUCGCUUCUUCUCCUCGUCCUGGCGCUGGUGUCCGCCAAUGCUAGUAACUGGCUGUUUCUGGCCAAGCUAUCGUCCAUCGCCAGCAUCCAGGACGAGGAGACGUGCGAGCGCCUGAAGGGUUUGAUAAACCGACAGAUCCAGAUCUGUAAACGCAACGUGGAGGUGAUGGACUCGGUGAGGAGAGGGGCAGAGUUGGCCAUUGAGGAAUGUCAACACCAAUUCCGUAACCGCCGCUGGAACUGCUCCACCGUGGACACGCUGCCCGUGUUCGGCAAAGUGGUGACACAAGGAACAAGAGAAGCAGCCUUUGUGUAUGCAAUCUCCUCCGCUGGAGUGGCCUUUGCAGUUACUCGUGCCUGUAGCAGCGGAGAGCUGGAGAAGUGUGGGUGUGAUCGGACAGUCCAUGGAGUGAGCCCUGAUGGUUUUCAAUGGUCGGGCUGUUCUGAUAACAUCGCUUAUGGCGUGGCCUUUUCCCAGUCUUUUGUGGAUGUACGGGAGCGAAGUAAAGGCGCUUCUUCCAGCAGGCCACUGAUGAACCUGCACAACAAUGAGGCAGGAAGGAAGGCCAUUUUGAACAACAUGAGGGUGGAAUGUAAAUGUCACGGAGUUUCUGGAUCGUGUGAAGUGAAGACUUGCUGGAAAGCCAUGCCUCCGUUCAGGAAAGUGGGCAAUGUGCUUAAGGAGAAGUUUGAUGGAGCCACAGAAGUCGAACAGAGGAAAAUCGGUUCCACAAAAGUCUUAGUCCCCAAGAAUUCACAGUUUAAGCCGCACACAGAUGAGGACCUUGUGUAUCUCGACUCAAGCCCAGAUUUCUGUGACCAUGACCUUAAGAACGGGGUUCUCGGGACCUCUGGACGUCAGUGCAAUAAGACGUCCAAGGCAAUUGACGGUUGUGAGCUCAUGUGUUGUGGUCGUAGCUUCAACACAGAGGAGGUGGAGAUUGUGGAAAGAUGCAGUUGUAAAUUCCACUGGUGCUGUUUUGUCAAGUGUAAGCAGUGCCGCAAAGUGGUGGAGAUGCAUACAUGCCGGUGAUGAUCAGCCCAGGCAAACCCAGCUCGAUGCCCGCUAACACGGGGACUAGAACACUACAGCGAUUCCAAGAAGACAGAUAGAGAGAAAACAUUAUUUAAACAGUCCCAACGGAUCCUUGUUUUAUUAUUUUUAUUUAUUGCUGACUAACAAAGAUCUGGAGGUAUUUCCCCAUCGACUGUUUGUCCUCCGGUUGAACAUACCUCUCUGUUACUGAUGCUGCUUAAGUGGAACAAGGGGGCAGAAUAUGGUCUGGUUUGACAUUGGUAUAUUGCACAGACUGGUUCUGGUAUGGAUACCUCUACAGUUCUAUAGUGCUCUCUUUAGUUAGGGCAUAUCUGGCAUAGAACUCGUCAAUACCUCUCCAAAUCUCCAUUGCAGCCUUCCGUUCUCUGAUCGUACACUUUGCCAGCAGUGCCUCUCAUUGAUCGCCCAGCAUAACCUGAUUCAAACGGAAACCCUUCCAUUUAUUCACCAUCCUAUCAAUUGUCAACCAUUAAAGAAAGACAUCUCUCUGAGCUGCAGCGGUCUCCAGAUUACUCAGAAUAUCAUUACCUCCAAAUCGUAUACAUUCCAAACUCUAUGUGCAUGUAAGCUUUUAUAUGGUCCUUAAAGCUUGCAGUGACUGGCAUAUCAUGACUUCCCCCACAAUACGAGUGCGUGUGUGUGUGUGAUUUUUUUUCUUGUAACAGAGAAGACAGCACUAUACCAUCAUUAAAUAAUUUAGAUGGUACCAAUUGUAACAUAAUGUAUAGGGAUGUUGAAACAGUAAAAGACCAAAUACAGAGAAAAUACCCUUUAUGUGCUGAAUAUGCACGCUGGGCAGACUAACAGAAUGUAUUAUAACAGUGUUCUGAAUACUGCAGUUACAAAAGAGACUACAUCAAGAAGAAAUGAAUCCUAGAAGAUUCUAUCUGAAAUACUGCUUCUAGUAUAAUGUACCGCACAGUCCAGUUUAGCCUGUACAAUGAUCCUAGUGUUCAUGUAAUGUUGAUCAUGUUAUCUGGACAGAAACUUGUGCUACAGAUGUUAAAGAUCUAGAAUCCUAAUUUGAAUGUUUGCAGUUGUUCUUGUGCUGGAGUUACAUUCUUUUUGUGUUGUAUAUACAUGCACAUCACGACAGACCAGCAAGAGACUAACAUCUAAAGGGACUCAAUGAUGCCAGGAAUUAGUAUCAAUUUAGUCCAGGUUAAGUUCUGACAGGAAUUUGUAAAAUGCGAAGAUAGACACAAAAAGCUGGAGUAACUCAGCAGGACAGGCAGCAUCUCUGGAGAGAAGGAAUGGGUGACGGUUCAAGUUGAGACCCUUCUUUAAAUGCGUUGGGUAACCGCUAACCAAGUUGUUGGUGGGCAUAGCACUUGGCCCAAAACUGCCCUCAUCUGACACAUAACAAAAUUGGAUAUUUCAUUUCAUGAAAACCACAGGUGGCUAAUUCGAGAUGAAAACCCCUAGUGCUUGAUGCUGAUGCUGAAUAAUGAAAGUAGUAAAUGUGCUCCAUUCCUCAUUAAUAUACUUGUUGUAGAUGAUGUUGUGGGGGACACGCUGAUAAAAUCAUCAAAGUUCCGAUUUUGAUGCUGCUGCCUUGAACUAUAUUUUUUUUGCCCAAGAUACUGGAACAUUAUUUUGUCGUGUAUAGACUACGCUAUUAUGUUAAUCAUAUAUCGGCUCACCUCACAUUUCAAAUGUUAUUUCACAGUAAGAGUGGGAGAUGCAAUUUUGCACGUGAUCAUUAAAUGAACAGCCAUCCUUCAGCAGCAGCAAGGAGGAAGAACCAAUCAAUGCAGGCAAAUACAAAACCCUGACUAUUGUAAAGAAAAAUUCCAUUCAUCACGUGGUCUAACACCUGCGCAAUUGGAUUUGGAUUUCAUUGCAGAAUCUGGAGAACACAGGAACAGUUGUGGCAAGUGUUAUUAUAGACUCAUACAGCAUGGAAGUUGAAUAACCUCUGUCUCUUUCGAGGAAGCUGAGCUAGUUUCACUUGGAGAAGAGAAACCUUUGAGGGGCCUUCUUUGACAUUUUCACACUUUCGCACUGACAAUUUGCCCUGCGAUCAAAACGCUGAUGCUGCAAAAUUAUUAGCUUUGGUACAUAACUUUACAGCAACACAAAUACAGGCAAUACAAAUUAAAAAUCAGAAAGUUAGGAAUAUCAAGUGGAAUCACUUUAUUAAAAGACUAAUAAAGUUGUGGAAUAAUUUACCAUGAAAGGCUGCUGAAUCCAGCCUGGCAGUAUAUAAAAGUUUGAAGGCAAUUAGAUGAAGUUAUGGAUUACUGAAAUAAAUGGCCUCUUUCCUGUUCCUAAGAAUGUUUUUCUCCUAUAUGCCCCACCCCAUAAUUUUCGCUUCUGCCUGCCUUGUCCAUUAAGGGACCCACCACUACACAAGACACCCCUUCUUCCUGCCCAAGUGUUCAUUAGUCGGAUCCACAUAUUAUUUUGCAAAACAGCUCCUGUGCUGUUAGUUUAGCAGGUUGCUAGGAGUCAUGAUGAGACCUCAUGGCAAAGAUAUCUUACAUGGUACCAACUGGUUACAUAGAAUAUUUUUGCCAACAUAGCUCUGUAAACCAUCUUUAACCUAAUCAUAAACAAUGGAGUACUAAAUGAAAUACGCCACAAUACUCAGAAGGGAAAAAACCUCUAUAUUUAUAUAAGAAUAGUUGUUAUCAAAUGGACACUAAACUUGGCCUUAUUGGCAAUAAGGUGAAGGUUAAAAUUAGGCUUGGUUCUCCCACCUACUUGCUUUCCAAUUGAAUACAUGAAAGAUGGCCAGGUAGGACAGGGUCAGGCCCCAAUGUUACGCCCUCCAUCUCCCAAAUCAACAAAUGUCAUCGUGCAUAUGAAGUGUCUUUAAUAAACCAAGACAUUAGGGCAGGUACCAAAGACAAGGAGCAGCUAUGAUACUUUACUCCAAAAUCGGUCAGUAUUUCUCGGAGAGAUGGUAGGGAGAUAAACAGAACAGAUUCUAAUUCUGAAGGAUGAUGGACACACCAGCACAAAUGUUAGACAUCGUGUUGGCUUGUGCAAAGACUGCAAAGAGCAGAGAUGUAUUGGCAUGGUGGGGACUAGGGAGGAGGUUGGCAAGUGGUGAUUGUUGUAACCCUGCAGCAAUGCGACAGAACAUCAAAGGACUGUUUUUCUGCCUACAAUUGGGAGCCUGGAACCUCUACUGGGAGGCGAGAGAGAAAACUGAACAGAACUUGUAGUAGUAAUAGUUCUGUUCUGCUAUGAAUAGACCAAUGAAACACUGGAAAAAAAGUUGAAAAUAGAUUUGUAUAGGAAUGCCAGUGUAAUCUAAAUGUACAAAUCCUAAUAUAUUUGUUUAGACAGAUUCUAUGUGAUUUUCAGUCUACCACAUUCUUAAUACAGAAUGAAUAAAUGUGAUAUUUGCACUCC